AGACAUCGGCUCUGUCAUGUGAUCAGCUGUAUGCAAUCACAGCUGAUCGCAUGUAAAUAAGGAAAUGCCGGUUAUUGGUAUUCCUCUCCUCACAAGCGGUCAUCAAGGGGACAUGAACACUGAUCAUCAGGGCACUGAUGAUCAGUGUGCCCUGAUGAUCAGUGUAGCCCCAUCAGUGCCACCUGUCAGUGUCCAUCAAUGCCACCUACCUGUGCCCAUCAAUGCCACAUAUCAGUGCCCAUCUGAGCUGCCUUUCAGUGCCACCUAUCAGUGCCAGUCAGUGCUGCCUAUCAAUGCCAAUCAG